UAAAUAAAACGCAAAUUUGAAGGGAAGGUGACAGAGGAGUGGCUCCUUGGAGAGAACCAGUUGUCUUGUAGAGUUUUAGAGGAAGAUAUUAGGUUGGGAUGGCUGAGAUGGAGAGUGCUAUACAAGGGAGAGAUGCUGUUUGCUAUGGCGAUCCGGAGGCGUUUGCAUCUGAAAUGAUUCAAAUGAUCAAUAAAAAAGAAAACGGUGAUGUCAGGUUUGCAGUAGGAGAGGAAAAGCAGGUGGUUUAUGGCCAUAGAUGUAUCUUAGCAGCCAGGUGUGAAGUAUUUCGUGCGAUGCUUAGUGUACCACCUGGCAAUGAGGCUUCCGCCUCUCUAGUCCUCUCUGACAUUCGUCCCAAGAUAUUCCUAGCCGUGUUUGAGUUUAUAUAUUCCAACUGCUGCAGUCUCUCCACUCACAUGGUUAUUGAUGUGAUGGCAGCUGCUAUUGAGUAUGGACUGGAUGGAUUAACUAAGCUGUGUGUUAGAUUCAUGCGUGACUCCAUUCAAUGUUCUACAGUUUGCGAGUUCAUUCAAGCAGCUUUAACUUACCAGCAGACCACACUCCAGGAAGAAUGUCUUCUAUUUAUUGAAAUAAACACUGAAGAGGUUUUCAAUAGUCCUGGUUUUAACGAGAUGUCCGAGGAUGCUCUCUCGUUUAUUUUGAAGUCCGAUAAACUGACAAUGGACGAGGAGGACAUCUUGAUGAAGGUCAAGGAAUGGGCUCACGUCAACUCUGUUGUUACUGGCAGCACACUAUCAGAAGUUGCCAAGACUGUCAUUCAGCAUAUCAGGCUCCCUCUAUUGGACACUGAGAAACUUAGUGAGAUUGAACAACAAAAUGCCAAAGACCACUUCAUUCCGGUUACUUUGAUAGCAGCUUCAUGGAGGUUCCAUGCAUUGAAGCGCCCUGAUCCAGCCGAUCCUCACUGCCGUCCGAGAGCUGGUACCUUACCACGAGAAUCCCUCAAGAUAGUUGGGAGAGGACCAUGAGAGAGAGAGAGAGGAGAGGGUGUGACAUGUAAAGAGACAAAGAGAUGUUGUGUACAAUAGCAAUGAUAACAAUUAUUAUUAUACUGUAUUAUAAUCAAUAUUCAUUGACUAAUAAUUAUUGUUAUUAAUUAGA